CGCCAGUCCACGUGGCUAUCAGCCACGGCAUUGGACCUUCAGCUUUAGCAGUGCUUCUACCUUCUUCUUCUCCGCUCUUUCUCGCGUCACCGAAACCCCAAACAGUAGAACUCCAAAUCCCCGGAGCCCUCCGCCAUCGCUACUCACCUCUCGGAGCUCAGCUCACGCCAAUGUCAACCUUGAAGAUUCCUUCGGCAGCCUGCUCUAUUUCCUCCACGGUCAACCACCUCGCGUUCAAGCUCCGCCACCACCGGAGCUGCUCUGUCUUACCUAGCAAUGCCGGCCUCUUGAGACGGCACGGCUGCACUAGAAAGAUGGGCACGAUGGCGAUGGCGUCGGCGACGUCCGACCCCCUCGAGGUCUGCGUCAAGGCCUCUGUCACCGUCCCCAACAAAUUAGGCGACUGCCCCUUUUGCCAGAGGGUAUUAUUGACUAUGGAGGAAAAACAGCUGCCUUACGACAUGAAGCUUGUCGACUUGGGGAACAAACCAGAAUGGUUCUUAAAGAUCAACACUGAAGGUAAAGUUCCUGUCGUAAAACUUGAUGAGAAGUGGGUUGCAGAUUCAGAUGUUAUUACCCAAGCUCUGGAGGACAAGUUCCCGAUUCCACCAUUGGCAACUCCACCGGAGAAGGCACCAGUGGGAUCAAAGAUUUUCUCGACGUUUAUCGGUUUUCUAAAAAGCAAAGAUCCCAAUGAUGGAACAGAGCAGGCGUUGCUCAAUGAGCUGAGUUCUUUCAACGAUUAUAUUAAAGACAAUGGACCUUAUAUCAAUGGGAAGGAUAUCUCCGCCGCAGACUUGUCUCUAGGACCAAAGCUAUACCACAUGGAGAUUGCUUUGGGACAUUACAAGAGCUGGUCUGUUCCAGAUUCUCUCCCCCAUGUGAAAUCUUAUAUGCAGAAUAUCUUUUCAAGAGAUUCGUUUGUUAAAACUCGAGCACUCAAGGAGGAUGUAAUAGCAGGUUGGCGUCCCAAGGUUAUGGGUUGAACCAGAUAAUGCCCACUGCCCUGUCGUGUAUUUCAAUUUUUGUUCUCGAAAAACCACAGGUAGAUACCAGAGAGCUCAAGCUCCUUCUCAUGUAAUUAUGGUUAGAUCAGACAUCUCUGCCUGGCUCUGUGUAUUCAAAGAUGAAUGUUUUUUGUGCUUAAACAUCGACUGUUAUUAUACGACCAUUCCCCGUCACUGGCAUGCUUGAGUCGGUGAUUAUAUCUCUAAUGGGCAAUCGGAUUUUGAGA